AUGUCGAUGUUAAGACGUCCGUUAACGCAGUUAGAGUUGUGCGAAGACGAUAUUACGUGGUUAGCAGAGCAGCUUACCAAGAGAGAAGUAACACCCGUCGAUGAACCGAUUGAAGAAGAUGCAGAUGAGGUUGAAGACGAGCCAAUGGAUGAAAGUGAACCACCACGUGGCAUUUCUCGCAGAAACCUACGAUCUGCGGAUAGAAAGAACAAAGACGUCCCUGGAACUAGCGGAGUAAACUCAAGAUCGGCUACCAGAGAAUCUGCAAUGGCUUCAGUACGAACUCCGGUGGCCGCUCCAUCGUUGAGUCUUUCUACUCCCGUGAAUGCUGGUCCAUCGAGUACAAUGCACUCACUACCACCACCAGCUAGACUUCCACGACCGGGUCGUCGCCCACGUGCUACACGUGUCGCUGACAACGAUCUACCAUUGUUGUUCAAUGCGUAUGAUACACCACAACAAGCAGCUGGAGGUAAUAAUGGCUCUCCAACUCCAUCCGACUCUCCUGAAUCUCCAAAUGCUCAUCUUUACUCCACUCCGAGCAAUCAAGCUUCCAGUUCUGGAGGACCAUCAUCGAAUACUCGAUCUCACAGACACUAA